AUGGCUGCACAAAAUGCUGCUCCAUUGGUCUGGAUCGACUGUGAGAUGACCGGUCUGGACUACAACAACGACGAGAUCAUCGAGAUAUACUGCUUGAUCACCAACGGCAACCUUGUACUGGUCGACACAGAGGGCUGGGGAACAGUCGUCCACCAGCCCCAGGCACGCAUGGACCAGAUGGAUGAGUGGUGCACGCGGACUCAUGGUGAGACCGGACUCACAGCGGCCGUCGUAGCCUCAGACGUCACUCCGGAGCAAGCCGCGGACGGGCUGCUGGCCUACAUCAAGAAGCAUGUCCCCCAACCGCGCACCGCCAUCCUCGCCGGCAACAGCGUCCACGCCGACCGCGCAUUUCUCAUGCGGGAGCCAUACCGGAAGGUCGUGGACCACCUGCACUACCGGAUCCUCGACGUCAGCAGCCUGAAGGAGGCAACGAGGAGGUGGUCGCCCCGGGCGUUGGAGAAUGCGCCGGCCAAGAAGACGCUGCACAAGGCCAAGGAUGACAUCCUCGAGAGCAUCGAGGAAGCCAGGUUCUACAAGGAGGCCGUCUUCGAGAGGAGAUGA